AUGCUGCGCGCUCAAAAGGAUGAAAAGCUUGGAGACGACGAGGAGGCUAAUGUGAAAGUGCUUGCAGAACUCUGGACAGAAGAGGUAGUGUUAAAGGCCAACCACGAAUUAGAGAAUCAAACUGUGCAGGCUGACACUUUCGACUAAAUUACUGAAGUUUGCGCUGAUAUAUACUAUUUUAGCUUCUUCGGACCUCAGUUAUCGCCGGUGUGUGCAAUCGUAGGAGGAUUGGCUGGCCAAGAAGCAAUCAAGGCCAUGUCAGAGAAUGAACGACCCCUCCAGAACAUCUUCAUCUACUCGGCUCUUGAUUCUUCUGGUACUAUGUGUAAUUUCCCACCUCCUUGA